AUGGCGACAAAGGUGCACGAAGAACGGUUUGCCCGUUGAGGAAUAUUCCAGUAAUCUUACUCCGUGCGUUGAGAGCGGUCGUCUUGUCAAAGGGGUUUAUGGUUGUAUUUUGCGAAAUUUUGGUGCAUUAGGAGCAAUACUAUGGAGUUAAACGGAGAAUCUUCCACAAACACGUCAACACUUACUCCGAAAUAUGAUUGGUACCAGACCGACACUUACGUUGUAGUAACAAUUAUGGUAAAAAGAGUCAAACAAGAAGAAUUCUCAACAAAAUAUGGUGAACAAUCGCUGUCAGUCAAAAUUCAACGUGACACUGGGGAAAGCUUUGUUUUAAAUCUGUCACUAUCGCACAAAAUAUUACCAGAUAAAUGUACAUCGCGCAUAAUGUCCACGAAAAUUGAAUGCAAAUUAAUGAAAGCAGAAGGAAUACGGUGGAGCUUGCUGCAUGGUGAAGAUAACUCACCUACUGCACCUAUGCCAGCACCAGCUGCAUCAACAAAUAUAGACGACGCAAAUAAAUAUCCAUCUUCAGCCCAUUAUACAAGAGACUGGGAUAAACUUGUUGCUGAUAUCAAAACCGAGGAAGAAAAUGAAAAACCAGAAGGAGAUGAAGCCUUGAACAAUUUCUUCAAAAAAAUAUAUUCUGAUGGCGAUGAGAACUUGAGAAAAGCAAUGAAUAAAUCUUUUUCAGAAUCUGGGGGAACUGUGCUCAGCACGAAUUGGGGUGAUAUAAGGAAGGAAAAAACUGAUGUCAAGGCACCAGAUGGAAUGGAAUUUAAAAAAUAUGAAAUGUAAAUAAGUCCUGAGUAGAACUUCUCGGAACUACAAACAAAAAUGUUUGGUCAUUCGGUAGUUUUUGUCAUUUUGCUGUACUGUAUAUCAAUUUUUAUAGUGUUGUUGAAAUCAGGUAAUUUAUGAAUCCUGAUUAAAAAUGCUGAAGAUUUACAACAAAAGAAUUUAACAACUUGGAAAAUUGUCUAGUCUAAACUUAUUUUAUGUUUUACAUCUCAUCACAUAUACAUUUGAUUCAAAACGUUCCGAUAAAAAGAUCUGAUCCAUUCUAUCAACACCAGUUAAUUUUAGUAUUUUCAAUCAGAUGUGCUUUAAACUUUUUCUGUUUUUCUCUUUAAUGACUACUUCAAGCAAUUUUGUAGCUUUCGGUUGUUUGAAAAUAUGCAAAAGCUGAAGAUCUGAUUUUGUUGAUUACUCGCUCAUAUGUAUCGAGUUUCUGGAAAUUUACAUCUUCAUUUCUAACAGAUAUUAAAAUAAUUAUUUAUUGGUUAAA